CCCCUCAUUUUCUCGGCUUAAUCUUGGGACACACCUUCACCAUAAAUACUUUCUUCGCAUUUAGCCUCUGCUGGUAGCAAUUGAGCUUUUCCCUUCUUGACUACACUUUUGCGGCCCCAGGCCAUUUAUUCUUUUUGGAUCACUAGCUCAACAAAACAUUGGGUACUGUUGGACGUCUGUUAACAGCCAGCUAUAAUCUCAUCAACUCGCAUUACUUGUCGGUAUGUCGGGGCACCUUCCAGACUAUCAAUUGGUCUCUUCUAACGUCACCCGGAACUCAGCAAUAGUCUCUCCCCCUCCGUCCCUCUCCAUUCGAGAUCUUCCCGAGUCCACCGAUCGUCCCGCUACCAUGGCUUCCGAAGUGUCGAGUGUCAAUGUGAACGGCGGUGCCAAGUCCCGGGCUGCCAUGCUGGAAGAGCAGCAUGCCCGUGAUGAGGCGCACAAGCCUACUGUGGAAGAAGUUGUCGAUGAAGAGGAUCUGAAACACCCCCCUCCGUCUACCUCGGUGACCGAGGCCGAGUCCUCCACUCCGGCGCAGACCCCGGCCCCAACCGCCUCUCCAGCCCCCAAACCAGCUCCCAAGAAGACACCUGCUCUUGAUGUUCAGUCCGAGGAACUCUUCCCGGCUCUUGGAAGUGGUCCGAAGCCCAAGGUCCCCGCCGCCUCUACUUGGGGUGCCCGCGGUUCCGCCGCUGCUGCCGUCGCCAACGGCGCUGCCAGCGGCGCACAGGCUGGUAUGUUUUACCCGCUCCAUUGUUUGAAAAUCGCAUCGUUAUGCUGAUUUAUUCCUGAAAUAGCCCCCGGUGGUUUCGGUUCUGAGGUUCCCAGGAUCAUGAGUCUGCCCGGAAAGCACAUGGAACAGCUCCGGCUGGCGCCCUCGCAGAUGCUCCCUCGAGGCCAGCUCAAGAAGCCUCUGCGCGAUAUCCUGCGCGAUAUCUCUAAGCGAUCCAAGGCCAAUGUCGACAUGCGCGGCGGACCCGGUGGCUCCAUCAUCUUCGAGGGUAAAGGCUCCGUGGAUGCGGUCAGGCAGGCCCUGAAGGAAGUCGCUCAGCAGGUCGGAUCCAAGGCAUGUAUUUCCGUUGUCGAGGUUUGGGGUGGAUUGUCGACUAACGUCUUUCCAUAGCAAUCGGUUCGCGUUCCGAUUCCUACAUCCGCUCGGCCUCAC